AUGUGUGUAGAUUUCACCGAUCUAAACAAGGCCUGCCCCAAAGAUAACUAUCCCCUCCCCAGCAUUGAUCGCCUGGUGGAUGGCGCCUCCGGUCACAUGGUCCUCAGUUUCUUAGACGCAUACUCGGGGUAUAAUCAAAUUCCAAUGUAUGCCCCGGAUCGAGACAACACGGCUUUCAUCACCGAGCAAGCUAAUUAUUGCUACAAGGUAAUGCCAUUCGGCCUAAAAAAUGCAGGUGCCACCUAUCAACGACUCAUGGAUAAAAUCUUCCACAAUCAAAUCGGGCGUUGCAUGGAGGUUUAUGUGGAUAUUAUGGUCGUACGAAGCUGUUCCCAUCAGCAACACUUACGAGAUCUGACAGAGGUCUUCCAGCAACUCAAAAGGUACGGUUUACGCCUCAACCCGUCCAAAUGCACCUUCGGAGUAUCAGCAGGUAAAUUUCUUGGGUUCAUGCUAACAAGCCGUGGAAUCGAAGCCAACCCGGAAAAAUGUCGAGCAAUACUGGAAAUGAGAACCCCAACCAAAUUGAAAGAAGUUCAAUGCCUAGUCGGACGCCUCACCGCUUUAUCACGGUUUAUACCGAGGCUUUCCGAGCACAUCAAGCCGAUACUCAACAACAUGAAGAAAAAUGUUCCUCGACAUUGGGACGAUCACUGUGAGGCGGCCUUCUCCGCCGUAAAAAACAUAUUGACUAACCCGCCUAUCAUGAGCCGUUCAGAAGAGGGGUUUGACUUACAAUUAUAUCUUUCCACGUCCGGUCAUUCGGUAAGUGCCGCCCUCAUACAGGAAACACCGGUAUUUAAACUCAUCUAUUUUGUUAGCAGAACCUUGCAGGGAGCCGAGGAACGAUAUUCACAGGUGGAGAAAGUGGCAUUGGCCUUUCUUACUGCGGCCCGGCGGCUUCGCCCAUACUUUCAAAGCCAUCAAGUUGUCGUCCGAACCAAUCAUCCUGUCGCCAGGAUCCUCAGGAAACCGGACUUAAUCAGAAGGAUGGUUUCCUGGUCCAUUGAAUUAUCCGAAUUCGGCUUACGCUUCGAGCCACAAGGCUCCGUCAAAGGACAACACUUGGCAGAUUUUGCAGCCGAGCUACUCACUGCAACAGAACCGUCCGUGUGGAAUUUGAACGUUGACGGAUCUUCAGAUAAACGAGGAGCAGGAGCCGGAAUAGUAUUGGAAGGACUGAACGGUCUUCUUGUCGAGCAGGCCAUAUCCUUCACGUUCCAGCUCAGUAACAAUCAGGCAGAGUAUGAAGCUCUCAUCAGCGGAUUACUCCUGGCGGCCGAACUAGACAUCCAACACUUAGAAUGCCGAAUGGAUUCUCAAUUGGUUGUGGGGCACAUUAACGGCACUUUCCAGGUCAAAGACAACCAUCUGUUGCGAUACUACCACAAAGUCAGCGACCUUAUUAAAGCGUUCAACACUUUCAGAAUUAUUCAUGUACCCAGGGAACAAAAUUCCCGAGCAGAUUUACUCUCCAAGCUAACACAUAGCCGAGGAAAUUCCCAGCUUACCUCGGAUAUAAUACAGUUGAUAAUUCAGCAAGAACAAGGCGCUCGGGUGAGUGCGGCUGAUUCUAAGCGAAUUGCUCGCUUCACAUUCAUAGGAGAUGAUCUUUAUCGACGCGGAUACACUACACCUCUGUUGAAGUGUUUAUCCAGCGAAGAAGCCAAGUACGUCAUGCAAGAACUACAUCAUGGAAUUUGCGGCUCUCAUUCAGGAAAGAGAACACUCAGAGCCAAGAUAUUACGGGCAGAGGCUCUUGCAACAAUCAGUGCCCGGAAAGUACAAAGUUUCAUCUGGCACCUAAUUUGCCGAUUCGGCAUACCACAGAAGAUCAUUACUGACAACGGUCGGCAAUUUAUCGACCGUACGGUAGAAGAUUUCCUCAAAGGACUUGGUAUCAAACAUGUCACAAGUUCUGUAGAACACCCUCAAACCAACGGGCAGGCCGAGGCUACAAACAAAGCCAUCAUCUCCGAGUUAAAGAAACGCCUUGGACAAGCUAAAGGCUUGUGGGUCGAAGAGCUGCCUGAAGUACUUUGGGCCUACCGGUGCACACCACACGGAUCAAUAGGUGAGACCCCAUUCAACCUCACGUACGGCACAGAUGCCAUGUUACCGGUCGAAAUAGGAGAACCGUCUCUCCGACGGCAUAUACAAGAUAUGACUCUCAAUGAAGAACAACUACGGAUGAACCUCGAUACCCUACACGAACGGCGCGAAAUUGCGUUAAUCAAGAAUGAAGCACAGAAGCGAUUGAUAACCAGACGAUACAAUACCAAAGUCAGGCCUCGACAUUUCACCGAAGGAGACCUCGUUUGGCGGAAACGAGGUGACGCACGAAAGAACAAAUCACACGGCAAGCUGGCUGACAAUUGGGAAGGACCUUUCCGAAUCAGCAAAGAUUUGAAGAACGGAGCAUAUCAACUGGAAUACUUGGAUGGCAAAAUGGUGCCGAACACUUGGAACGUCACCCAUCUCAAAUUUUAUUAUAGUUAA